CAAGAAAUUGCGCGCGCAGAAUUUCUUCCCAGUUGUAAUCCAAACUUCAUUAGUUAGCCAGUUAUGGAUGAACGCGAAGACUUCGUCAACAUUUUUCAAACACAGGUUAAGACGGUUUUGGAUAUUCUGUUGAAUGUCGCCGUAUCGGAGAUAACACAUAUUUUCCAAGGCACUUCGGGUAACGCUACUAUCCAAAAUGGAGUUUUACCCGUUGCUCUUUGUGCCGGAGACGACGCCACACAAACGGUGCAGGCAUAUAGACUGAAGAAUGCAUUGGAGAGGGCAAUAUGCACACACCGGGAAACCACUGAAGUGACACGACGUGGUGAGUGACUUUCUAACAAAUAAAUUGUUUAAAGUAAGCCUAAUGUAACAGUCUCCGCGUUAGUUUGUUGUCUGUGAAUUAAUAGGCUGUAGAAUAAGGCUACACGUGGUACAGACUGGUAUUUUUUGGGGGGGGCGGCCUAGGAACGGUAGGCGGCCUACGAACGGUAGGCCUACCACAGAUGGGCGUUCAUAAUUGCAAUUUCAGGUAACACUGUAGGCACCUCAGUAAGCAAGGGCCGACUCCUUUUGGAGGUCUUUUUUUUUUUGUGCAAUUCGGACUGGCUUUGGUCCAGACCAAAUCUGAACUACUGUUUUUUUCAGAUUUUGUCCAUAAACGUCUAUACAUGAAGUCUUUUCAACUUUCAUUCAGAACCAAAAAUGAGCCUUAUUUCAACAUCUGGAAAAUACAUAUAUUGAACUCCAGAAAAUACGAAAAAAAUGUACGUUAGGAAAAUACGCAAUUUUCUUCAACGUCUGGAAAAUACGCAAUUUUCCGUUCAGAACCUGUUGGUGCUAUCAUCUUCAGGACAGGAAUACCGGCUUACUUAACGGAGGAAUAAACACACAUGUUCAUCGUUGGUGUUUCAACCAGAACGCGGGAAAAUGCCCUCUCUUUAUUUUCGCACAUGCGCAGUUGUACAUCUCUCAUAGGGCAUAACUGUACCAGUGUAAGAGCACAAUUUAUAACAUAUUAGUCUAUAUGUUAACACCCCCACUUGCUCUUAUACUGUACAAGUCGUAUUCAACCUAACUAUCAACACAUUUAGCUUACAGUUAUACAUCUCACAAAUGUCAGUUUACAUUCCAAACAUAUAACCCAAGAAUUUUUCAUUUUUGAACUUCGUUACAGGUUUAGUCAAAACAUCUGCAACCAUGUCUGCCGUUGGACAAUAUUCAAUACUUAUUUUGCCAUCACUGAGCGCAGAUCGAAUGAAAUGAUAUCUGAUGUCAACAUGUUUACAUCUCUGACGACAUACUGGGUUCUUUGACAGAGCAAUUGCACCUUGGUUAUCUUCAAAGAUUGUUACUGGUGCAUAUUGGCACUCACUAUCCAUCUGGCCCAAUAACUGUACAAGGUACAAACUUUCUUGUGUAGUAGCAGCCAGUGCCAUGUACUCUGCUUCACAUGUAGAUAAAGCUACUGUUGGCUGCUUCUUAGACCUCCAUGAAAUAACAGGUCCACAUUUAGUUAAACUAAAACAAUACCCUGUUAUGCUUCGUCUGUCACUUUGAUCUGCUGCCCAAUCAGCAUCACUAUAUGCUACGAGGUUGAGUUUUUCCACCCCCAUUUUGUAACACAACUCCUGAUUCAUUGUCCCCUUCAAGUACCUCAACACAUGUUUAGCUGUUAUCCAGUGUUGCACUUUUGGUUCUGAUAGGUAUUGUGACAGCUUGCUGACAAUCCAACUGAUAUCCGGUCUUGUACAUGUCAUAACAUAUAUCAAGCUGCCUAUCACUUCACGAUACCUUUUUGAAUCAAUAGGUUCACCAUCACCAUCAAAGUUUGUUUUUUGUUCACAUGGUGUUGACCUUGUUUUACAGUCUGACAUACCAAACCUUUCCAGUAUCUUGGUUAUGUACCUUGUUUGGCUCAUCUUUAUUUUCCCUUCACUUUGUGUAAAAUCAAUGCCUAGGAAAUGUCUAAGCCUCCCAAGAUCUUUCAUCUUAAAUUUUUCACUUAACAUUUCUUUUACACUUGUGAGUGAGUCACUAUCACUAGCAGCGAUAAUUAGAUCAUCGACCCAAAUUAUCAAAAUGAUCCUUUCUGUUGCAGUUUGUUUGUUGUAAACACAGUGAUCAGCUGGGUUCUGUGUAAAACCAUUUUCACUAAGGUGAUCAUGCAACAUUUUGUUCCAGUUCCUUCCUGACUGUUUCAGGCCGUACAGUGACUUGUUCAGUUUGCAGACUAGUUGCUCACCUGUAUCUGACCUGACUUCAAAACCCUCUGGUUGCUCCAUGUACACUUCACAGUCAAAAGGAGCAUGUAGAUAUGCUGUUUUGACAUCCAUCUGAUGUAACUCUAAGUCAUACUGAGCUGCUAGCUGCAUCAAACAACGUACUGAUGUCAUAUUUGCAGUUGGAGAAAAAGUCUCCUUAUAGUCUAUUCCUGCCACUUGACUAUAUCCCUUUGCAACAUAUCUUGCCUUGUAUGUCUCAGUCUCAUCUGAAUUGUUUUUGACCGCAUAGACCCACCUGCCCCCCACUGCAUUUUUACCCUCUGGCAGUGUGGUCAAUGUGAAUGUAUCAUUUUCCCUAAGGGAAUCCAUCUCCUCCUUCAUAGCAGUAGCCCAAAUCUCUGAUUUUGGUGAAAUCAUUGCUUCUUUGAAGGUUUGUGGUGCAUUGCACAUUACUCUGUAGCAGUAGUCAACACUAGGUGGUAUCUGGUCAUCACACUUCACUUUACACUCAUAGUCUUUUAAGUACUGGGGCUUCUUCCUCUCUCUGUCUGGAUAGCGUGGACUCUGACUAUCUGAAGUCUCGAUUUGCACAUCUUGUGUCUCUUCGGAAUUUUGAUCUGCCAUCUUGGCUUUUGGCAUGGGGGAUUGAAAUCUCUCCCCAUGAAGAUCAUCACUCAUUUCCAAAUCUGUCUGAGUUUGGCGUUCGACUACACCUUUUGUAACGAACUUGACUAAUCUGUUUUUAAGAACUUUUCCAGUGUCUGGGUAGUAGACUAGGUAUGCUGGACUAUUUUUAUCAUACCCGACAAAAAUACCCUUUUCACAUCUUGAGUCCAACUUUUUCUUGUUCUGUCUGUAUGCAUAGCAAACAGAUCCAAAUUCUUUCAUCUUUGAAAGAUCAGGCUUUCUCCCAGUAAACAUGUAGUGUGGAGUCUGUCCUACACGCUUAUUGUAACACCUAUUGCGAAUUACUGCAGCAGUCAUUACAGCAUAUGUCCACAAUUUCUUUGGUAGGUUGCUCUCAAGUAGCAUGCAUCUUGCCAUUUCAAACAGUGUUCUCCAAUUUCUCUCAGCGGUCCCAUUUUGAUGGGGUGAGUAAGGGGCUGAAGUUUCAUGUCUUAUGGCAUUCUUACUGAGCAGUGACUGGAACUCUUUGGCUGUGUACUCUGUGCCAUUAUCUGACCUGACACACUUUAUUUUUCCAUAAGGGGCCACAUCAGCAAUAAACUUCUCAGUAGCUUUUACAGUAUCACUUUUUGCUUUUAGGAAAUACACAAAAACUGCCCCUGAAUAAUCAUCCGUAAAUGCUAGAGUAUAUCUGAACCCAUCUUUCGCCUCUGGCUCAAUAGGGCCAGCCAAAUCAGUGUGCACAAGCUCAAGAGCUGCUUUUGCCUUUUCAUCAGGCUCUCUGUUUCUGCUCUGAACAAAUUUUCCCUGUGUGCAGAUUUCACAGUUGAGGGUAGAUUUGUCAAUCUUACCUGUGAUUUUCAUUCCCUCUGUCACAUUUUCUAACUUUGACACAUCCUCAAUUACAGUGGCCAAGAAUUUUGUGCCAUGUGUGAAUAUCAUAGCACCCAUGACAGCCAUCAUCAUUUUCAUCACUUACAGUGUUAAGAUAGUAAAGUCUAUCGUACUCCUCGAUGUCAAAAGUGGUACCGUUCUUGUGGAUGAGCUUGUUACACCCCUGUCGAAAGUUGACUGAAGCUCCGUUGGCUGUCGCUGCUUUAACAGAGAAAAUGUCCUGUGGAAACGACGGCACGUACAGCGCCUUCGUCAGCGUUGUUUUCACCCGACGACCCGUGUUGUCUCUCAGGUAAACCUCCGCUGCACCUCUCCUCUCCGCGACACCAUUCGUUCUUGUUCCGUCAGCCAGCUCCACGGAAUGUUUUUCCGGUUUGAAAGUCUCGUCAAACUCCUUAAACUUCCCGAUGUCCGUGACUAUAUGUGACGUUGCUCCCGUAUCAGCCCUUUAUGUUUCAGUCCACGAACCUGACAGUCACUUAUUUUGAAUGCAAAUGUGUGGCCUUCAGCAUCUGUUGCUUGUUUCACAUUGUCUCUUCUUUUUCGUCUGCAAUUUGCGUCAGUAUGAGUGGAGCGCUUGCAAAAACUACACCACUGUCUCCGUUCUCUGUGCUCUCCAGUAACAGUACAUUCCCGGGCCUUGUGCCCUUUCUGGCCACAGUUGAAGCAGGUUAUCUCGGUCCCUUUAUCUCUUCCUCUUGGCCAGCUAACUUUAAUGUUACUUGCCUUCAUCACGUUGUCGUCAGUGGAAAUGGCGCUAAACUUCUCGGUGCUUUCAUAGCUCCUCAACUUGGUUUUGAACUUGCCAUAAGUUGUCGGCUCGUCACUCUGCGUUAUGUGGAUGGCAAACGGCUUAAAUGAUUCGGGCAAACCUUUCAGAAUCAUUGCAAUCAACAGCCCGUCACUUAAAGUCUCUUCAGCAUUCCUCAGUGCUGUAAUAGCCGUCUCAGCACGAAUUAUAUAAUCCGUAACACUUUCGUCAGCAGCUUUCUGAAGAGAAGUUAGCUCAGUGUAGAGGCUAAUCACACGUGGCUUCCCUUUACCUGCAUAAUGUUCCCUCAAUAUCUUCAACGCUUUUCUCCCAUCAUCUGCUGCUUCUCUCAUUAUCAGGGAAAGACUUUUAUCAUCCAAAACCUGUAUCAAUUCGGCGUAGGCUUCUUCAUUUUUCUCUCCGUCUUCUUCAUCUUCAUCCACGCUCAAUAUGGUGGCCUUUAGCCCUAGCAAACGCAAGUGUCCCAAAAACUUCGUCUCCCAUAACUCGUAGUUUUUUUCAUCUCCGUCGAAACAUAAUCUAUUCCAUCGCUUCCAUGUUCCCUCCUGGGCCCAUAACCUGUUGGUGCUAUCAUCUUCAGGACAGGAAUACCGGCUUACUUAACGGAGGGAUAAACACACAUGUUCAUCGUUGGUGUUUCAACCAGAACGCGGGAAAAUGCCCUCUCUUUAUUUUUGCACAUGCGCAGUUGUACAUCUCUCAUAGGGCAUAACUGUACCAGUGUAAGAACACAAUUUAUAACAUAUUAGUCUAUGUUAACAGAACCUAAAUUGCAUCAAACGUCAGUGUCUGUAAAAUAUGUGUUUUAGUUUUCUUUUCAAUGUCAUUUUGCUUACUGUGACUUUUCUAGUUUAGCAUUGUUUUGGUCUCACCUAGGGCAACAGAACCAAGGACCUACAACAGGUGUUACAUCUAGCUAGUUCUAACUUCUGUUCCCUUGGUAUUCCAGAAUCUAGACUAAUAUUUGUUGCCACAUUAGUAUUCCAGACAUUUCCUUUGUUUUAUUCUGUGUACUUUUGUGUGGUUCAACUCCUGCUGUGUUGUCCCUAGCAACUCAACAUGAUGGUGGGGAGGCCCUCAGCGGCUCUGUUGCUAUGCCAAGGGCUGAUGAUGGUGAAGACAUAGACAUUCAUCUUAAAGAUGAGGUGAGAUGGUUAGAAUUGUAGAGAUGGAAUGAUUAAAACGGAACAGCAUCAUUGACAUGAAUGGGGAAGCCUGUUCUACUCAUUCUAGUUCUGUGGUUAGAAUGCUCUUGAUUGUGUAAAACUCAACUGCUCUUUUAGUUGACCAUUUGAUGAUUUAAUGGCCCCUGUAAUGUUCAGUGUCAGUUUUGUUUCCUUCUGUAGCUGCAUCUAAAUGCUAAUGACAACUUCAGUAAACACUAUAUCCAUUGUUGUGCCUGUAGAGAUUGGACUGGGAGGUGGUGAAGAUUGGUGUCUUUGAGGAGGGAGGCAGUGACCGUCUUGGGAACAGCAUGCAACGUAAGUGGACCAGACAAGUGGAUUGCUUGCUCUUUGGGGAUUUAGGCUGGGUAACUGUAAAACAAUUUGACAACUGCUGAUGUAAAAAGGGCUUUAUAAAAUGCAUUUGAUUGAAAUGGUGUGGAGUAGUGAAUGGAAAGAUAAUUUCUCUGGACAGGAUUAGAACUGUAAUCAUGUCAAGUCAAUAGUUUUAUUGUCCCAGUAGUAGAGGUACAUAAAGAUGAUGGCCCUCAUGCACUUACCACAAAUUAUUUGUUUUGCUAUGUUCGGCGUAUUGUAGGGUACAUUACUCUCAUUAUAAUUUAUUUGUAUGUUCAUUAGCACCGUAUACAUGAUCCCAAUUUUAGCUCAGCGACUGCUGCAUUUAGAAAAACCGAAAAGGUAGAUUAUUAGCACAUUGAACCAUGUCGCGCGCCAUAGUUUACAAACUCAGUGGAUAGUGCUAAAACAGACAUCAUAUAUGAAUUCUGCCAUCUUUAUGCACGUUCGCCAUUGGGACAUUUGUAGUGCAGUCAGGGUAAAACAAUCAUCUAUAGGCUCCUGUAUCAAGUGGAUUUGGAGGGCAAGUGUGUGUGUGUAUAUGGGCAAUAUUAGUGCUUUACGUUUCUCAAUUUCAACAUUUUCUGCAAACACUGAUAUGACAAAGAUGAAUGUUACGAGGCCAACAGCAUCUGUUUUCUUUGUUUUUCCAGAGAGUGAAGAAAAUGAAUGUCUUGUCUCGGAAGUGAAGUCUGAACCGUCAACAUACUCAGAGGUCUGGGAGCCCCACUGCAUACACACUGAAGACAGAGCCGUCACCACCCUGUCACUGUGUUCAAAUGACAACGUAUCCUUAAACUCCCCGACAGACGGACUGACUGAACAGGAGAUGCAGGUCGGUACUUCCCAGACCCCACAUCCAGUGCCCCAGAAACGGCUUCUAUUUCCUCUUCCUAUCUCAGUCAGCACACUAAAAGAAGAACUAAAAGAACUGGACCAAGAAAGGGAAAAACUGGAGUCUGUUCCCAUCGCCAUCAGCACGCCGGUGGAUUCGGAACAGCAACCACCCAACACCCUUAGAACUAUAGAACUAGAACCCAUGUUUAGAAGACCUGUUGAACGCCUGGAAGCACUCACUGACUGUGACAUCACUGGUGCUGCUCUCAAAGUAGAGCCGCCAGGAUGCCCGGGACCACCGGAGCUCAAGGAGGAGGAGAUUGUGAUGGUCAGGCAUGCUGCACAACAAAGUACAGAACAGCACAAUGACAACACAGCAACAACACAACAACUAAGCACACUACAAGAGCCCAUUCUCGCCCAAGAGCACACCAAUGUACAUGCGGCCACACAACCAAGCACUAUACUAAACCCAGCAGCAAAGGAGGAGCAGCGAGACCGAGGAGGACCAGUGUUGAGAGUGACCAGAAGCAGGAAAGGCUGUGACACCACUUCCACAGCACUUCGACACACCCUCACCUCCUCCAGAACACCGCACCGUGCCCCCCUCACCCCCACCACCACUCCACCUCACCGCUUCCCCUCCACUCCACCACUGCUGCCCCGUGAGCUGGAGAAGCAGAUGAGAACCUGUUCAGGUAUUCACCAAUUCUGUAACUCUCAAUUCCUUGAAUCGGAUCUCCUCGCCUCCUCAACCUUAUUGGAGGAGUAAGUCCAAAGUUCCUCUCCUCUGACCUUUUCCAGAAGGUUUCGAGAAGGUGGUGAGGAUGGAGGAUGCAAGGAAUUGAAGCCUUAGUCCUCCCUUCUUGUUUGUACACUGAGUAUACCAAACAUUAGAAACACCAUCCUAAUAUUGAAUUACACCCCCCCCCCCCCCCCCCUUUUGCCCUCAGAACAGCCUCAUUUGUUGGGGCAUGGACUCUACAAGGUGUCAAAAGCGUUCCACAAGGAUGCUGGCCCAUGUUGACUCCAAUGCUUCCCACAGUUGUCAAGUUGGCUGGAUGUCCUUUGGGUGGUGGACUAUUCUUGAUACACACGGGAAACUGUUGCGAGUGAAAAACCCAGCAGCGUUGCAGUUCUUGUCACAAACCGGUGCUCCUGGCACCUACUACCAUACUUAGUUCAAAGGCACUUAAAUAUUUUGUCUUGCCCAUUCACCCUCUGAAUGGCACACACACAAUCCAUGUCUCAAUUGUCUCAAGACAUAAAAAUCCUUCUUUAACCUGUCUCCUCCCCUUCAUCUACUCUGAUUUUGAAGUGGAUUUUACAAGUGACAUCAUUAAGGGAUCAUAGCUUUCACCUGGUCAGUCUGUCAUGGAAAUAGCAGGUGUUUUUAAUGGUUUGUAUACUCCGUGCCUUCAAAGUAUUCACACCCCUUGACUUUUUCCACAUUUUGUUAGUCUGAAUUUGAAAUGGAUUAAAUGGCUAUUCUUUUUUAAGUCACUGGCCUACACACAAUACCCCAUAAUGUCAAAGUGGAAUUAUGUUUUUAGACAUUUUUAUAAAUUAAUUCCAAAUGAGAAGCUGAAAUGUCUUGAGUCAAUAAGUAUUCAACCCCUUUAUUAUGUCAACCCUAAAUAAGUUCAGGGGUAACAAUGUGCUUAACAAAUAAGAUAAUGUUGCAUGGACUCACUGUGUGCAAUAAUGGUAUUUAACAUGUUUUUUGAAUGACUACCUCAUUUCUGUACCCCACACAUACAAUUAUCUGUAAGGUACCUUAGAGCAGUGAAUAUCAAACACAAAUUCCACCACAAAGACCAGGGAGCUUUUCCAAUGCCUUGCAAAGAAGGGCCCCUAUUGGUAGAUGGGUAAAACAAAACAGCAGACAUUGAAUAUCCCUUUGAGCAUGGUGAAGUUAUUAGUUACACUUUGGAUGGUGUAUCAAUACACCCAGUCACUUCAAAGAUACAGGCGUCCUUCUUAACUCACUUGCCAAAGAGGGAGGAAACCGCUCAGAGAUUUCACCAUGAGGCCAAUGGUGACUUUAAAAGAGUUUAAUGGCUGUGAUAGAACUGUGGAUGGAUCAACAACAUUGUAGUUACUCCACAAUACUAACCUAAUUGACAGAGUGAAAAGAAGGAAGCCUGUACAGAUUAAAAAAUAUUCCAAAAGAUGCAUCCUGUUUGCAACAAGGCACUAAAGUAAUAUAAAACAUUUUUUUUAUGUGACAAAGCAAUUAACUUUUUGUCCUGAGUACGAAGUGUGAUGUUUGGGGCAAAUCCAAUAUAACAAAUUACUGAGUACCACUUUAUAUUUUCAAGCAUAGUGGUGGCUGCUCAUGAUAUGGGUAUGCUUGUGGAACGUUAAGGACUCAGGUGUGUUUCAGGUAAAAAUAAAUAAAAGGAAUGGAGCUAAGCACUGGCAAAAUCCUAGAGGAAAACCUGGUUCAGUUCGCUUUCCACCAGACACUGUGAGAUGUAUUCAUCUUUCAGCAGGACAAUAACCUAAAACACAAGGCCAAAUCUACAUUGGAGUUGCUUACCAAUAAGACCGUGAAUGUUCCUGAGUGACUGAGUUAAAGUUUUGAUUUAAUCUACUUGAAAAUCUAUUGCAAGACCUGAAAAUUGUUGUUUAGCAAUGAUCAACAACCAAUUUGACAGAGUUUGAAGAACUUUGAAAAUAAUAAUGGGUAGAAUGUUGCGCAAUCCAGGUGUGGAAUGUGCUUCGAGACAUACCCAGAAAGACUCACAGCUGUAAUCACUAGCAAAGGUGCUUCUACAAAGUAUUGCCUACGGGCUGUGAAUACUUAUGUAAAUGAGAUUUCUGUAUUUAAUUUUCAAUAAAUUAGCAAACAUUUCUAAAAACACGUUUUCACUUUGUCAUUAUGGGGCAUCAAUUUUAUCCAUUUUGAAUUCAGGCUGUAACACAAAUGGAAUAAGUGAAGGGGGAACUAAUACUUUCUGAAGGCACUGUAUGUGUCGAGUAUUCAAUGUAUAGUUUUUAUUAGGAAUACAGUAGUACUGUGUCUAAGACUGUUUUACCCUAGUGGAUAAUUAAGUUUGUCUUAUCUUAUCCAAGGGUGCAAAAUUCUGUUAACACUCCCAAAUUUGCCAGGUUUUCCACUUUUCCAGAAUUCCCUCUUUUAUUCUGGGAAUCUUACCAGGAUUUCUGGGAAUUUUGGGGAAAUUACUGGAAUUUUGCAUUAAUAAUCGUAUUUUAUGCUUUCCUAUCUUAUCUCAUCCUCUCCAGUGAAGCUCAAGGACAUGCGGCUGGUGGGACAGUGUCACCGUCGCCUGCGCAUCUGCUGGGACUGCAGCAAGAUCUUCUACCGGAAACGGAAGCUGCGGCGGCACCGCCGUUUAAACCACACCGGAGAGAAACCGUACUGCUGCUCCCAGUGUCAACGGGCGUUCUCGCUCAGGAAGAACCUGAAGAAGCACCAGAGGGCCCACGCAGGGGAGAAACCGUACCACUGUAAAGACUGCGGGAAGCAGUUCCGGUGCAAUGGGAAACUGAAGAUCCACAUGAGGUUUCACACAGGGGAGAAACCCUUUGGCUGCACCCUCUGUGGCAAAAAAUACAGGGUGCUGAAGAAUUUAGAGAGACACAUGGUCACCGCACACGCCAACCCACCCCCUGGCCAACGUCUUAACCGUUAG